AUGGAGCCUCCCCCUCUCCUCUUCCUCCUCUGCUCCCUCCUCCUCCUCAUUCUUCUCCGCACCCCCACUUCCAAAUCCCAGCCCAUCUCCGUCAACUGCACCAGCGACGCGAACUACACGGCGAACAGCGCCUUCGAGUCGAACCUCAACCUCCUCCUGUCUUCCCUCCCCUCCGCCGCCGCCCCGUCCGGCUUCUACAACACCACGGUCGGUCGGAGCGGCGCCGACCAAGUCUACGGCCUCGCAUUAUGCCGCGGCGACAUCUCCGCUGCCGACUGCAACAACUGCUUGACUACCGCCACGCAAGACGCCGUCGCCAACUGCCCGCACAGCACGUCGAACACCAUGUGGUACGACACCUGCAUGCUGCGCUACUCUGACCAGAGCUUCUUCUCCGUCGCUGACAGCUCGUUCCACAUAAACAUGUGGAAUGUGCAGAGCGUCACGAAUCCGCGGCUGUUCGUUGACCAGCUUGGGCAGCUGCUGACUAGCUUGGCCAUGAAAGCGACCGAUGGGUCGGGGCGGCCACCGUUAUUCGCGGUGGGGCAGGUCAACUUCACGAACUUUCAGAAGAUAGGAAACUUUCACAGCAUAUACGGGCUGGUGCAGUGCACGAGGGAUCUGUCGCUGACCGGUUGCUAUGGGUGCUUGAUGGGUUGCAUCGGGCACAUACCCAAGUGCUGCAACACGACGAUCGGCGCAAUAAUUUUCGGAGGGAACUGUGUCAUCCAGUUUCGGCCGGCUCCGUUUUAUAAUUUGUCGGCCAUCCAGAACGAGACGGCACCGCCUCCUCCGCAAUCCAAUGGGACGCUAUCGCCGCGGGCAGGGUCGGGUCAGAAUACUGGUAAUGGCAGCAGUCAAACGGGGGGUAAGGGUAGCGGAGGUAAGUCAAAGCCUCGUUCCCUCGUUGACUCCGCACUGUGGGAUUUGCUAUUGUGGGGAAUUAAUGGAACUACAAAGACAAUUAUUAUUGUCGUCAGUUCUUUGGUUGCUGCUGCAUUGUUGCUUCUCUCUGCUAUCUCUCUCUGCCUGAGAAUAAGAAAGAAACAAAGAAAACCAGUUGGAAAUGCUCCGAUCACAAAUGGAGGAGAUGAGCAGGAAAUUAGAAGCGCGGAAUGUCUAUUGUUCGAUUUGGCCACAAUACGAGCUGCCACAAGCAACUUCUCAGAGGCAAAUAAUUUAGGAGAAGGUGGAUUUGGACCAGUGUAUAAGGGGAUGCUACAAGAUGGGCAGGAAAUAGCAGUGAAGAGGCUCUCAGUGAGCUCGGUACAGGGGCUUGUUGAGCUGAAAAAUGAGGUGGUGCUUGUAGCAAAGCUUCAGCAUAGAAAUCUGGUGAGGCUACUUGGUUGCUGCUUAGAAGAGCAAGAAAAACUUCUUGUCUAUGAAUACCUGCUCAACAAAAGCCUUGAUAAGUUUCUCUUUGAUCCUGUGAGGCGUGAACAAUUAGAUUGGGUCAUACGGUUCAAAAUCAUCGAAGGGAUCAGUCGAGGACUACUCUAUCUCCACGAAGAUUCGAGGCUAAAGAUAGUUCACCGCGACCUGAAAGCGAGUAACAUCUUGUUAGAUGCCUUUAUGACCCCUAAAAUCUCCGACUUUGGUCUCGCAAAGCUCUUCGACGCCGAUGCGAGCGAAGGAAAUACGACUCGAAUUGCCGGAACAUACGGAUAUAUGGCACCAGAGUAUGUAAUGUACGGACACUUCUCAACGAAGUUAGAUGUUUUUAGUUAUGGUGUGUUGGUUUUGGAGAUUGUGACUGGACAAAGGAAUGCUCGACCUCGAGGAGCUAUUCAUUCAGAAGGCGUUCUAUCUUACGUGUGGAAGCACUGGUGUGAAGGGACUGCACACGAGGUGCUCGACCCGAGCCUCGCGGGGCGGUGCCGGUCGCAAGACGUGCUGAGAUGCAUCCACAUUGGGCUGCUGUGCGUCCAGGAGAACCCGUCUAAGCGGCCGAGCAUGGCGUCCGUCGUGCUCAUGCUCAGCAGCCUCUCCUUCACCCUCCCCGCCCCCUCGGCCCCUCCUUUCGUCAUCCAGAACGGCUCAACUGCAGACUACGCGAACGAGAUCGAGACCGAUGCAUCCGGCAGGCAGCAGCGGAGGACGACGAUGGCAGCAUCAGCAAACGAUGUCUCCGUUUCAGAACUCGAGCCACGGUAGCGUCUCGAUCGGAGCUGGGAAAUACUAAACAGAAAUACACUGAAUUCGAGUGGCAAAAAAGUGUGAUUUUCUUCGUUGCCGCGCGAAUA